AUGAUCAUCAGUUGUUGCUUUCUCUGUGUAUUUAUCACAGUGGUGGUGAAUAAAGUCUGUCCGCAGGUCACAGUCCAGGGGUUUAUCGGUGGUUCUGUCGUCCUGCCGUGUUCUUCAACUAAACAUGACCUUGAACUUCAAGACAUUGCUGUGCACUGGAGACACAAUGGCAGCAAAAAGGUUUAUGAUAUAAUUAGCGGUAAAGAUUUAGUAGAGCAACAGGACCAACAGUACAAGAACAGAGCUGAAACCUUCCCUGAGGAGUAUGAGAGAAGAAACUUCUCCAUCAAACUCAUCGAUCUCACUCACGCUGAUGAAGGACAGUUCAUCUGCUUCAUCACACACACAUCUUAUUCUAAACAGGAAACUGUACGGCUGUUCAUUAACGAAUCAACAGUAGAAACUGGAAACCAAUCCACUGAAGAAGAAAACCAAGUACCAGAAACACAGACAGACUGGAUGAAGAUAUUAUUAAUCUGUGUUUGCAUUGCUUUAUCUGUAAUAAUUUUCCUGUCUAUAGCAUAUUUCUUGAUUCGCUGGAGAAGAAGAGCUCAAGCUCCCUUAUAGAAGGACAAAUCUCAAAUUUAGGUCCUGUUGCACACUGCCUGCAUCUACAGCAUAUGAGCAGCCCACGUUUUCUGGCCCCCAUGUUAACAAAUCAAAGUCACAUUUCCUGAUGCAGAUUCAUUCUUGUUGCUGAAAGAAACAGUGUGAGAUUUUGAAACACUGAAAAAUAAAGAAAACUGCAGUCAAUCCUGUAAGUAUUCUGCUGCUUUAAUUCUACACAAGCAGUACUAAGGUGUGUUUGACAGAGUAA